AUGGCUAGGCGCUUGCCUAGGGAUAACAAUACCAUGGCUAGUAUGAUACGUCAUCAUUGGAAUGAUAUUGUCACUUCAUGGAUAUACCACGUAAAAUUGACAUUGAAAGAUCUUGAUGAUGAAGUUGAUGAAUUAAUGAAAAUGCUAUCGCAUAAUGGAGGGGUAUUCAAAUUGGAGUUGUUUUGCCCCGAGGAAUACCCAAUGGCGGCUCCCAAGGUUCGCUUUCUGACCAAAAUAUACCAUCCUAACAUUGAUAAGCUGGGUAGGAUAUGCCUGGAUAUUCUCAAAGAUAAAUGGAGCCCAGCCCUCCAGAUACGGACUGUUUUGCUGAGCAUCCAAGCUCCCCUGAGUGCUCCAAAUCCAGAUGAUCCUCUUUCUGAGAACAUUGCAAAACAUUGGAAGUCCAAUGAAGCUGAAGCUGUUGAAACAGGUAAUAAUGCCCUCCAUUCUUGUAUUUGA